AUGGAUUCACCGCUGCUGCUGGCCGCGCUGUCGUCGCUCCUCCUCCUCCUAGCCCUGUACCUGGCGCUCGGCAAGAGGCGCCGGAGCUACCCGCCCGUGGCCGGCACCGUGCUCCACCAGCUGCUCAACUGGGGCCGCCUGCCGGAGUACCUGACGGAGCUCUCCCGCAGGUACCGCACCUUCCGCAUGCUCACCCCAACCUGCAACUACGUCUACACCGUCGACCCGGCCAACGUCGAGUACAUCCUCCGGACCAACUUCGCCAACUACGGCAAGGGGGCCAUGACCCAUGAGGUGAUGGAGGACCUCCUCGGCGAUGGGAUUUUCGGCGUCGACGGCACCAAGUGGCGGCACCAGCGGAAGGUCGCCAGCUUCGAGUUCAGCACCCGAAUGCUCCGCGACUACAGCAGCGGCGUGUUCCGCGACAUGGAUACCCAGCUCGCGGGCAUCGUGGCCGCCGCCGCGGCUGCCGGGGAGAGGUUGAGCAUGGAGGAUCUGUUCACGCGCUCCACGCUGGACUCCAUUUUCAAGAUUGGGUUCGGGGUCAAUCUCGGCGCGCUCUCCGGGUCCAACUCCAACUCCAACCAGGAGGGCGCGGCGUUCGCCAGGGCGUUCGACGACGCCAGCGAGCAGGUGCUGUACCGCUUCUUCGACCCGCUGUGGAAGGCCAAGAGGCUCCUCAACGUCUUGUCGGAGGCGGCCAUGAAGCGGUGGGUGCGCACCAUCAAUGACUUCGUCUACGCCGUCAUCGACAAGAAGAUCGAGCAGAUGGGCAGAGAUGGACAAGAAUUCGCCAAGAAACAGGACAUACUGUCGAGGUUCCUGCUGGAGAGGGAGAAAGACCCGGGCUGCUUCGACAACAAGUACCUACGGGACAUCAUACUCAACUUCAUGAUAGCCGGCCGCGACACCACGGCGGGGACGCUCUCCUGGUUCCUCUACGACCUGUGCAGAGACCAGCGCAUCCAGGACAAGAUCGCGAGGGAGGUGCGGGAGGCCACCACCGGCGACCACCAGGACGUGGGCGGCGUGCAAGAGUUCACGGCGUGCCUAACCGAAGACGCCAUCGGCAGCAUGCACUACCUCCACGCCGCGCUCACGGAGACCCUCCGGCUGUACCCGGCGGUGCCCAGCGACGUCAAGUGCUGCUUCUCGGAUGACACGUUGCCGGACGGGCACGCCGUGAGGAGAGGGGACACGGUGAACUACCAGCCGUACGCGAUGGGCCGCAUGAAGUUACUGUGGGGUGACGCCGUCGAGGAGUUCAGGCCGGAGAGGUGGCUCGACGACGACGGCGUGUUCGUCCCCGAGAGCCCCUACAAAUUCACGGCUUUCCAGGCGGGGCCUCGGAUCUGCUUAGGAAAGGAGUUCGCUUACCGGCAGAUGAAGAUAUUUGCGGCAGUUCUUCUCUACCUCUUCAAGUUUGAGAUGUGGGAGCGCGACUCGCGGUGGGGUAUCGUCCGAUGCUCACGCUCAAAAUGGUCGGCCCGCUCUAUGUUCGUGCGUCGCCCCGGCCAUCAACCGGGAACUAGCAUGGUGAGUGUAUGCGCGUGUAUAUGA